GUGUGAGUGUGUGAGUGCGGGCGACGCCGGCGCCUCGCUGUUUUGACUGCACCCCACCCUCACAACCCUUGCAGUUGGCGGCGACCACCCACGGAAUCGACUCGGUCUACCCGAUCUCUCCCGCGAGCAGACACUGUGUAGGGCAACAGCAAUAAAAUCCAAUUGAAACCAAUUAAAGAUGUCGAGCAACAUCGACUUUGUGUGCCCUCUCGAGGCCGACCUGUACGAGGCGGUGAUGGAACACCUGCGGCUCACUUUCUUCUGGGAGGAGCCGCUGAACGUGUGCGUGAGCCUGUGCGAGGCGCCCGGCAGCGGCCACCCCAAACUGGAGGCCGUGUGCUUGGACACUUUGCAGGACGGCCUCUCCAUCGUGGCCCUGAGCGACGGAAAAGUCGUGGGCUGUGCCCUCAACGGCUCGCAGAGUAGGCAGCAGCUCGACGAGGCCAUCAAGCAGACUUAUGCUGAAACGGACAAGAAGUUUCGCAGCAUUUUCUCUAUGCUUUACGACAACAACAGAGACAUCGAUCUCUUCACCAAAUACGACGUGCACGACAUCUUCGAGUGCCGCAUUUUGUCAGUCGACCCGGACUACAGGGGCAAGGGAAUCGCACGCAUUUUGCUGGACCAGAGCAUCCAGGAAGCUCGACUGCGCGGAUUCAAACUUUUCAAGAUAGAUGCAACCAGCGCCAUUUCUCAGCGAAUCUGCAAAUCACGGAGCCUGACGUUGGAGCAUGAGAUUCUGUACGCGGACCACCUGGACCCCGACACCGGCAAGCCGGCUUUCCUGCCGCCGCCGCCCCACUACGGCUUGCAGAUUUACUCGCGGCUCUUUGAGAAAGAGUAAGCCUCGCGAGUUGGCUAAACAAAUAAUCCUCUUGCGUUGUGGUAAAAUUCUCCGAGAAAA